CAGGGACCGUUCGUCGAUGAAUUUGGUUAGGCGGGGGAGGGAAGGUGCGACGGAGAAGUGUAGAUCGUUGUGGAUCACAGUUAGCCAAGAUGGCGAACCGCCGUGGAGGCUGAAGAGACCUUACUCGUUCUAAGUGUUCAUCGUAUGAGGUGUUCGCGCAUUCUCGUAUGAUUUCAGCGCGUCCGUGAAGUGGCGUAGUAUGUCCUCGUACACGUUCUCGCAGAGGCUAUUCACGCCAACGCCGCCGGAGCGCGGCAGCUUCCCACUGGACCAUGAAGGCCGUUGCAAGAGCACUAUGAUCAGGUACAUGCGCUGCCUGUCCGAAAAUCGCAAUCAGAACACGAUGUGUCGCGAUAUCGCCAAGGAGUACCUCGGCUGCCGCAUGGACCACGACCUGAUGGCGCGCGAGGAUUGGUCCAAGCUCGGCUUCACUGAUGAGAUCAAGGGUGCCAAGGAAACGUAACGUCGAUAUCGUCCACGAGAUAGCAGAUACCUACUCCCUGUCUCCUAGAAAGGAGGGGUCAUAUCCUUGUCGUUGUCGUUGUCAUUGUUGUCAUCUUAAGUCUCUUCGAGACUGCCUGGUGUUCUUGGAACUGUCGAUGUAAAUAAGAUGCCAUAAUGAUAAUUCAGUGAUUCAGUGUGUUCAAUUAUACGCACUGCCAGCCAGGUAUAACAAGGACUUCCUCUCAGUGUUGAGAAAAAGUAACAAUAAGGACAAUAGAUU